AUGGCAAACAUCAAUGCCAAUCUCAAUGCCAGACGGUGGGCUACAAUCGUAACCUAUCAUGAGUGUCACCACAACCACUCUAGGCGAAGAGGCCGCUACUUCAUGGACGGGUGCACAGCGUUUAGGAAGGCUGGGGAGGACAUGACUCCAGAGGCACUCAUUUGCGCCGCUUGUGGUUGCCAUCGCAACUACCAUAGGAGAGAGGAGCUCUCUGUCGCGAUGGAUCCCGCGACCCACCACCUCAUCCACCAAAUGGCAAUUGCCCCUUCUCCACAGGCACAUGUCCCGGUCCUUGGGAUUCAGUUUGUACCCGUCCCUCAUGUGGUCCCCGCCCCUCCACCUCCACCACCGGAAGAAAAUCUCGGUGAUGGUGAGGUGGAAGAGGAUUCAGAGGCAGCGGAAUCGAGAAGGAGGGCUCGGGCUCGAUCGGAGGCGAUUAGAGCCGGGGCGCAGGGGUGGCAUCAAAAUGCAUGA